GUACCUGUCUUAUUGAGGGGCUGCAGCUUCUUUUUCUUGACACUAUCAAGGUUGGUAACAUGCGUCCCUCAAUAAUCUUUUUGGAAUUGUGCAGUGUCUGCAUGCUCUCGUGCGAGGUUUCUUACUGGCGGCCAGUCUCGAUGAUGUCACGACUUUGAGUGCUUUCGGUAGCUCUCUAACGGCAGCUCCCACACAACUCAACUCCCUCAAAAUCGAAAUAUCAGCCUCGAGCCUAUCGGAUCGCCGGAAAGAUUGGCUUCUUUUCCCUUUCAGAAGCUCAAAUGCUCACCAACUACUUUGUCUGCACGCUUGGUCAGGCUGCCACUAUACAUGAACAGCCCAAAUCGUACUCUACAGUCAGCGAAUUGGUAGACCACCAAGCACAAUAUCACCCAUACCUUCCUGCCGUUGGAUUUCCAAUCCCGCAUCCAAACCAAGAUGAAUGGGCACACGAGGUUCUCACAUUUGGUGACGUGAAACGGGGGACGGAUGUUUUUGCAAAGAGGUUGUUGCAUACCUCAGGAGCUCUGGGUGGAAAUGCACAAACAAUAGCACUUCUAUGUCAUAGCUCUCCGGAGUUCCUCUUCACAUGGCUGGCUUUGAUGAGACUGGGUCACUCAGUUCUUCUGAUUGCUCCACAAUGCCAGGCAGCAGCAAUUGUGCAUCUCUGCAAGUCGUGCGAGGUUUCUGUACUAUUCCAUGACAUCUCUCACGCUGAACGAGCUCAUCAGACCGAGGACUUGGCGAAAGAGGAAGAGAUAAACAAUUUCAAGUCACAAUUGAUUCCGCUGCACGAUGGGGAUAACGUCUUUGAAAUUAUCCAGGAACCAACUGAGUUGAGUCUCGAUCUACCAGAAUCAGAUGAGACGGCGAUUGCGUAUCUUCACCACACUUCCGGAACUUCAUCAGGAUUGCCGAAGCCGAUUCCUCAGUCGCAUCGAGCUGCAAUUGGUGUUCUUCCGCAUCUACCGACGAUACCAGUAGCAGCGUCUUUUACAACGACACCUCUAUAUCAUGGCGGCAUAGCGGAUCUUUUCAGAUGCUGGACAAGCAAUGCUCUCAUCUGGCUAUUCCCAAAAAUGGUGCCUAUUACAGCCAAAAAUAUCUGCCGUUGUCUUGAUGUGGCCCAAUCAUAUUCCGAAACACCAGGUCUCCCAGAAGUGAGGUACUUCUCGUCGGUACCUUACAUCCUCCAAAUGAUGGAAGCGGAUGAGAGAGGGCUGAAACUACUGAAGAACAUGGAAAUUGUUGGUGUUGGAGGCGCAGCCUUGCCAGCAGAGGUUGGCGAUCGAUUGGUGAAGAGUGGAGUGAACCUCAUCUCAAGAUUCGGAAGCGCGGAGUGCGGCUUUCUACUAUCAUCGUAUCGUGCUUUCGAUUCGGACAAGGACUGGCAAUAUCUGCGCAACUACAACCCUCCGCAGCUUCUGGACUUCGAGCAACGAGACGACGGCUUAGCGGAGCUUGUCAUAAAACCCGGGUGGCCGCACAUGGCAAAGCAAAAUCGCUCUGACGGGUCUUUCGCAACUGCAGACCUCUUUGCGCCACAUCCAAACUAUGAAAACGCCUGGCUAUACCACUCAAGAGCUGACUCUCAGUUGACGCUAAUCACUGGAAAGAAGUUUGACCCAGCAUCAUUGGAAGACGCCAUAGCUACUUCGCCUUUACUGGAUGAUGCACUGAUCUUUGGAAACAGUCAACCAUUCCCUGGUGUACUUCUGCUACGAUCAGAAAAGGCCAGUGGGAUCUCAGACGAGGAGCUUCUCGAUGCGAUCAAGCCAAUAGUGGAGAAGAUGAAUCGUGAAAGUCAGGAUCACGCGAGAAUACCACAUGACAUGUUAAUACCAAUGCCCCAUCAGACACAGCCAUUAGAAAAGAGCAGCAAAGGAACCAUCAUCAGAAGAGCGGCUGAAUCCAGAUUUGAAGAUGCCAUCAAGCGCGCGUAUGAUUCGCAGGAAUCAGAUCAGUCUGUCGACGUGAAGGACGAAGAUUUGCCACAGCAUCUCACAGGUCUCAUAAAAUCCAUCACGUCACAGUCCGACAACCUGACUGAAGACAUGGAUCUGUUCUCCUACGGCGUCGAUUCUAUUGCGUGCAUGCAGUUGAGGACUCGUUUGAGACGGCUCAUACCCAACUGCAAAGAGGCGUUGCCUAUGAGUGUGGUAGAAGAUUGUGGUACAAUUGGACGUUUGACAAAUUAUGUAUUGCGGAAAAGACAUGGAGAGACAGAUGCCAGUGAGGAAGACGAGGAACAGUCAAUGCUGAAACUGGUCAAGGAGUAUGGCUCUUUUGAACAAUCGACUGCGCAAGAUUCGUCCGAUGGCGACAGUAUCGAAAAACGGACCAAAGACGUUGUAGUGCUUACUGGGGCUACUGGAGCGCUUGGAGCGCAUAUCUUGAAGCUGCUACAGAAGUCGGAGAACGUUGGUACGAUCUAUUGUCUCGUAAGAGGGUCAGAUGAGCAGGCUGCAAAAGAGCGUGUCAGCAAGGCCCUUGAGCAGAGAGGUCUUCUGGAUUCUUCAUCACAGCAGAGGCUCGGCGAGAAGGUCAAGGUGGUUCAAGCACAGUUGAGCGAUGAGCGUCUCGGACUGAGCGAAGAACUGUACGACUACCUGGCCAAAGAAGCGACCUCGAUCAUCCACGUCGCAUGGACUGUCAACUUCCGCCUCAAGCUAAGGAGUUUCGUCAAGGACAACAUCGCCGGGGUGAGAAAUCUUCUUGAUUUGGCACUGAAGACACCGCGUUCUCAUCCGCCUCGCUUCGCAUACUGCUCGUCAACUGCAGCAGUCAUGAACGGUGAGCUCGAUCAAGCUGGCUGUUUCCCUGAGCGCAUCUUGUCCGACCCCGCGUCAGCAUCACCGCUCGGUUAUUCGCGUUCGAAAUGGGUUGCAGAGCGUGUCUGCGAGGAAGCGCAUGUUCGGACGAGUCUUCACGGGCGGGUAGCAGUUGUGCGUGUCGGACAACUUGCUGGCGAUUCGCGAUCAGGUAUCUGGAACACAAAAGAAGCGUGGCCUAUGAUGUUGAGCACUGCGAGACUCAUUGGAUGUCUACCUGACCUAGGCGACGAACCACUUGAUUGGCUUCCGGUUGAUAUAGCCGCGCAGGCUUUCCUCGAGACUACGCAAGCCAGCAGUGUAAGCAGCGACCGAAUGCCUGUCUAUCACGUUCUAAAUCCGCACCAAAAACCGACAUGGCACGACAUGCUCCAGUGGCUGAAGAGGAAGGAAGACUUUGAGAUUGUAUCGCCUCAAGAUUGGGUUAGUCGUUUGGAGAACUGCAAGAACCAGGAGCAUUCUGCAAUGAAGCUGCUCGGACUCUGGAAAGCGUCGUACUCUAGCGAGCAGCAGGAGUCGAAGCAAAGACCACACUUCUCCAUGGUGGAGACGAAGAAAGGAGUCCCCGUGUUAAGGGAAGUCGAACCACUUGAUGAAGCGUAUGUGGGGCGCGUCUGGGAUUGGGUCCAGGCCAAUGUACACUGAAUCAGGGGUCUGUAACAUGGAAGCUGAACGCGACACGUUGUUGCUACAGAAUUCGUACCUAGUCAAUAGUCUGAAAUAUUAUCUGUGC